GGAAGGGGGCGGGGGCUGCCGCGGCGGGACCGGGGCCGGGACCGGGACCGGGGCCGGGACCGGGCGCAGCAUGGGGGGCUGGCGGGACAUGACCGCGGAGGCGCUGGAGGAGCAGUACUCCCCCAGCCGCUGGUCCCCCCGCCUGGGCAGGGACGCCGUCAUCCAGGCGCACCUCGCGGCCACGGCGGCAGGAACCCAGCGGGCCCGGGCCGGCGCGCAGACCUCGCUGCACGUCCCCUACGGCGACGGGGAGCGGGAGAAGCUGGACGUCUAUUUUCCCACGGACCCUUCUGGAACCUUCCCGGUCCUGGUCUACAUCCACGGCGGAUACUGGCAGUGCCUGAGACUUGUUCUGCGAACUCUGGGUCUGGUCGGCGUCCCAGCCGGCCCCAGGAGACCCCGGCCCCGCGGCCUGGCUAGUUUCUGUUUCCCCCCAGUAAAGACGAGUCGGGAUUCGCGGCCCCCCCGCUGGUGUCGCGGGGCGUGGGGGUGGUGGCAGUGGGUUACGACACAGCCCCCGAAGGCCACAUGGACGCCAUGGUGCUGCAGGUGCGGCGCAGCCUCGCCUUCCUGGCGCAGCAGUACCCCGGCAUCAGGGGCCCACUUGGCAGCCAUGGUCUUGUCCACGGACUGGACGGAAUAUGGCGUGGUGCCAGAUAUCAAAGGAGCUGUGCUGGUGAGCGGCGUGUACGACCUUGAGCCCAUCCUGCACACCUACGUGAACGACGCGCUGAACAUGAGCCGGGAAGUCGCCCGGAGGAACAGCCCCAUGCUCUGCGUCAGCCCAGCAGCGCCUGCGGCCUGCGAGGUGCUCGUGGCCAUGGCCCAGCACGACUCCCCCGAGUUUCGCAGGCAGUCGCAGGAGUACGGCCAGGCUCUGCGUGCAGCCGGCUGGUCCGUCUCACUGCUGGAUCUUGCUGGCGUGGAUCACUUUGACAUCAUUGAGAAGCUGUCAGAGGAGAGCUUUGUGCUCACUCAGGUGAUUCUGAACAUGAUUUCAAGAGCUUGAUGGCAUGUUGGGAGCAAACUGAGAAGGGAACCACAGCCCUGCGUGGCAGUGACAGGCAGCCUGCCUGCACCCUGCCCUGCUCCGCUCCUCGCUCCGCUGGGUCUUCUCCUGCAGCACAGGGUGGCUGCUGCCUCCGGGCACCCUCUGUGCCCCCUCCGCUCCAUCCAGCCUGCAGUGGGGGGGCUCCGAGCAGGGGAGCACCAGUUAUCACCGAUUCUCGCCUGGGCUGGCAUUCCUUUGCUGGGGUGUCCGUGGAGCGCACGGGGCUGGCAGGCGUGCAGGGCUCUGUCUGGAUGGCCUGGUGACGAGGUUCAUUCCCUCGGUUUCCUUCAAACUGCUUAUUGCCAAUACAAAAUAUAAUAGGAAUAACUGCU